AUGCAGUCUGCGGGCAAUGGCCGAGAUGUGGGUGCUGAAGGUGCAGAAUUCCUCUCCACCGGGGAGGCAGCCGUGGACUCCUAUCCCAACUGGCUCAAGUUCCACAUUGGCAUCAACCGAUACGAGCUGUACUCCAGACACAACCCAGCCAUCGAGGCCCUGCUGCACGACCUCAGCUCCCAGAGGAUCACCAGCGUGGCCAUGAAGUCGGGGGGCACGCAGCUGAAGCUCAUCAUGACUUUCCAGAAUUACGGGCAGGCGCUGUUCAAACCCAUGAAACAAACGAGGGAGCAGGAGACGCCCCCUGACUUUUUUUAUUUCUCUGACUACGAGAGGCACAACGCGGAGAUUGCAGCCUUCCACCUGGACAGGAUCCUGGACUUCCGCCGGGUUCCUCCCGUGGCCGGCAGAAUGGUCAACAUGACCAAGGAGAUCCGGGACGUCACACGGGACAAGAAGCUCUGGAGGACCUUCUUCAUCUCUCCAGCCAACAACAUCUGCUUCUACGGCGAGUGCUCCUACUACUGCUCCACGGAGCAUGCCCUGUGCGGGAAGCCGGACCAGAUCGAGGGCUCGCUGGCAGCCUUCCUGCCCGACCUGUCCCUGGCCAAGAGGAAGACCUGGCGGAACCCUUGGCGGCGCUCCUACCACAAGCGCAAGAAGGCCGAGUGGGAGGUGGACCCUGACUACUGCGAGGAGGUGAAGCAGACACCGCCCUACGACAGCAGCCACCGCAUCCUGGACGUCAUGGACAUGACAGUCUUCGACUUCCUCAUGGGAAACAUGGACCGUCACCACUACGAGACGUUUGAGAAGUUUGGGAACGAAACGUUCAUCAUCCACUUAGACAAUGGAAGAGGGUUUGGGAAGUAUUCGCAUGACGAACUGUCCAUCCUGGUGCCGCUACAGCAAUGCUGCAGGAUCCGGAAGUCCACCUACCUGCGUCUGCAGCUCCUGGCCAAGGAGGAGUACAAGCUGAGCCUGCUGAUGGCCGAGUCUCUGCGGGGGGACCAGGUGGCACCUGUGCUGUACCAGCCGCACCUGGAGGCCCUGGACCGGCGGCUCCGUGUCGUGCUGCAGGCCGUCCGGGACUGCGUGGAGAGGGACGGGCUCCGCAGCGUGGUGGAGGAUGACCUGGACACUGAGCACAGAGCUGCCUCGGCGAGGUAGUGUCCACCGGCCGCCGCGCUGCCCGGGACGGAGCCAGAGGGGCCGGGCCUCCCAAAAAGCGCACGUGCCCGCGCCCGUCGUGAAUUCAGUGAAUUCAGAGGCAGGACGAGAUCAGCGGAGUCGGGAGCUGCUGCCUCGGGAGGCGAGGUUCCCCAGGUCUAAUGGGACACAUUUUGUCAGUGUUCGACCAGAAAAGGUUGGGAAGGAGGCGCUGUCUGUGCUCACGGACAGAGGCGGCCGGCGCCCGAGGCAUUCCAUCCUUUCUGUAGGGAAAGGAGCCUUUAUUUACUAUUUUGUAUUUAUAUAUGAUGAAUAAGUAUAUAAACAGAAACGUGUACACAGACUCCGAUCACCUACCAAACCAAACACGAGGGCCGCCCUCCCCGGUUCUGGGGGCCCCUCAAGGCCACGUUCAACCCUCAAGUGCUCUCACACUCGGGACCUGUUUCAAGUCAAAACUCUUUCUCCUUCCUGGGGCCUCGGCUCCUGGAGGGCUGGAGGGUCUCGUCUGAGGAUGGGAGGAGGCUCUCGCUGGACGUCUGGCCUGUGUGCUGGUGGACGGAUGCCCACGUGGUUUUGGAGGACCUGAUGACCAGGCGUCCUGCGAGUCCGCCCGCUGGCCCACUGUGCCCAUCUGGGACUUGGCUGCGGACGGUUGGUGCAAGUGUGUCCUGCAGGGCUGGCUGUGCACAGCUGUGGGUUGACCUUUGCAGAGCUGUGUGGAAUCGUUUGCAAUGUGAUAAAAGUGCAAUAAAGGUACAGCAGAUGUGUGUCGGCCUCACGGGGCGGGUCCCUCA